CUUCCGAAAAGCAGUUAAAUAACCUCAUCUAAUAAAUCACCACCAUUCUGUUCCUUCGUGUUUUGUCGACAGGUUCGAGAGGUAUUUUGGAUAAACGUGUCAGAUCUGUCAUGGGUGUCUCUGCCUUGUUUCUAUUGAGCAGUCUUGGCCUUGCUGUUCUUGCUCAAGCUCAAGACUGUUCUAAACCUGAGCUAGGACCCACCAUGAUACUGAGUCAUGAAGACAUCAUUAAAAACACAUUCCCAGAUGGGUCCAAAGCUACACUGAAAUGUGGUAUUGGACACGAAUCUGCAGGAGGGUCUAGAACCAUCACCUGUACUGCGGGCAGUUGGAGUUCUGUGACGUUGAAAUGCGAGAAGAAGAACUGUGGCUCUGCUGGAUCAGUGGACAAUGGAGAUAUAAAUUAUGAGGGGACAGAGUUUGGUGACAAAGCUAUGGUGGUUUGUCGGAAAGGUUAUAGAAUGAUUGGAAAUCCAGUGUUGGCUUGUGGAGACCAGGGCUGGAUGGGCAGGCUGCCUACAUGUGAAGUGGUAAAAUGUAUUAAUCCACCACAGAUUCAGAAUGGGGAUUUUAUACCUAAACUAGAAUCCUACGAUUUUGGACAUGUUGUAAAAUACAGCUGUGUUGGAACUUAUAUACUCAAUGGAUCAAAAGAGUUGACCUGUUCAGAGACUGGGGGUUUCAGUCCUAGUCCUCCAAAAUGUGUCUGUAUUGAAUGUAAAGAUCCUGAAAUUCCAAAUGCUGAAAUUGUUAAUGGUUCCCAGCCUCCACAUGGACCCAUGGCCUCUGUGACGUACAAGUGUAAAGAUGGAUAUGAAAUGUCAACCAGCUUGACAUGUGACAUCAAUAGUCAAUGGUCGCCUGGAACUCCACAAUGCAUUAAAAGGAAGAGUUGUGGCUCUGCUGGAUCAGUGGACAAUGGAGAUAUAAAUUAUGAGGGGACAGAGUUUGGUGACAAAGCUACGGUGGUUUGUCGGAAAGGUUAUAGAAUGAUUGGAAAUCCAGUGUUGCUCUGUGGAGACCAGGGCUGGAUGGGAAGGCUGCCUACAUGUGAAGUGGUAAGAUGUAUUAAUCCACCACAGAUUCAGAAUGGGGAUUUUGUACCUAAACUAGAAUCCUACGAUUUUGGACAUGUUGUAAAAUACAGCUGUGAUGCAACAUACACACUCAAUGGAUCAAAAGAGUUGACCUGUUCAGAGACUGAAAAUUUCAGUCCUAGUCCUCCAAAAUGUGUCUUGGUUCGUUGUAACGAUCCUGCCAUUUCAAAUGGUGAAUUUGUUGAUGGUUCCCGACCUCCCCAUGGAUACAUGGCCUCUAUGACAUUCAGGUGUAAAAACGGAUACGAAAUGGAGGGAUCACCUAGUCUUACAUGUGGCAUCAAUAGUCAGUGGUUACCUGGAAUUCCACAAUGCAUUAAAACAAUGAUCCCCACAACUAAAGCUACCACCACUACUACCAAGAAACCAUCAGAAGCGUCCUCCACAACUAAAGCUACCACCACCUCUACUCCUGACACAAAGAAACCAGCAGGUGUCACUCCUAAACCAGACGAUCCUCAUGGUGGUUCAAAUGCCCUUCCGAUUGGGUUAGGCAUUACCGCUGUCGUUGUGGUAAUUGCCAUCAUCAUCGGUGUAUUCUACUACAGGGGAAAAAAAGGAAGGUUUCAGAUUGAAGGGAGGAGAUUUUCCACUGAAAAUCAGAGCCUCCUUACCAUGAUAUAUCUCAACCGUAACAGUCCUGUUGGUCCAGCUCUACUGAAUGUAAGAUCCAAGUAAGAGAAAGGAUGUCCUUGGAUCAGCCUUCAAAUGUACAUGAGAAGUGGAAUUCUUUUUAAUCCCCCUGGAAAUUUGCUCCUGAUUGGCGGUCUGAGACGUGAGACAACGCCGCCGAUUGAACUCGACGCUUAGCUGAUGCUCUCGCACGUAUCUUUGAUAAUAUCUUAAGCCAUUAGCAAGCCACUGAUAACCACUUCCUGUUUGAGUUUUUUCUUCCUGGGCACUAAUGAGCUCCAAAUUGAUUUUUAAAAUGUUUGCGCUAGAGAACAAAUCACAGCUGAGCUUGGACUUUGUGACCCAGUUGUACAGGCUUUCCAAAGCAAGUAAAAUCUGAAUGUUUUAAUGACUUCACUGGUAUAGUCAUUUAGAAUAAAUGCAGUAAAAAAAAAAAAUUAAAUUUAGUUUUGAUGCUUCAAGCAAAACCUGUUAAUUAUUGACUACAUAUUUGUGUACUGUAAGCGGAAAGGAAGCAUGUUUUCUAUGAGGCUGUUAGCUGAUAAACCAGUCUAACAGAUUUCCCUGGAACCCUUUUUAUAGCAGAAACAGCCCUUAGCAACGUGCCUGAAUAAAAGGCGCAUUGUAAAGCCUUACUACAGAAAGCCAAGAAAUGACCUUGUUUGGUGUUAGUUGUCUCUCUCUGUGUGUGAAUCGCAUGUUUACCUAAAAGUUAGGCGUGCUUUGGUAAAUAAGGCCAAAAAUAACAAAAGAAUUACCCAUCAAACUCAUUUAUUUUCAUUUCAACAGCUUAAGCUACAAAUCAGAAAACAAAAAUGCACAUUUUUAGUUUUAAAAAUAAAAUGAAUACAGUUUCAUGUUUCUGUUGUCUCAGCAGCAAUCUUUGGAUAUUUGUUGACCAUUUGCGUUCCAGGACACUGAGCUGUAGCAGUCGUAUUAUAGUAUUUACACACGGCCACUGAAGUGGUCAGAGAUGUUUUGAAGUCCAUUUUGGAAAGUUUUGCACUUGCUUACCAUUAAUUUAUUGAAUAUAAAUUCUCUUUGAACAUGUUGCUCUGUUAUAUUGUGUGAAAAUUUCAGACUUUAUUUUCUUUUUUUGUAAUCGGCUAACAAAAUAAAAAAGUGGAGAAAAGA